AUGGCGAGAAAAAGUAGGGGACGACAAAAGGUUGAGAUGGUGAAGAUGAACAAUGAAAGCAAUCUCCAAGUCACUUUCUCUAAACGUCGAGCCGGACUCUUUAAGAAGGCGAGUGAGUUGUGUACUCUAUGUGGGGCUGAUAUUGCCAUUAUUGUUUUUUCACCUGGUCGGAAGGUCUUCUCUUUUGGCCAUCCUAGUGUGGAAACUGUGGUGGAACGCUUCAUUAGUGGUACUCCACCACAAGCCGCUUCUGGAACCAUGAAACUCAUUGAGGCUCAUCGGAACGCUAGUGUUCGUGAGCUCAAUAUACAGCUCACUCAGAUUCAAAACCAACUUGAAACCGAGAAGAAGCGAAGUGAGGAGCUUAACCAAAUGAAAAAGUCAAAUGAGAGCCAAUGUUGGUGGAUGGCUCCUAAGGAGGAUAUGAGCUUGGCACAGCUUCAACAAUUGAAGGCCUCUCUUGAUGAGCUGAAGAAGAAUGUGGCUAAGCAUGCUGAAAAGAUUCUGAUUCAUACCUCAAAUAAUCAUCCUCAUCUUCCCCUUCCUCAUCCUCAUCCUCAUCAUCACCAUCAUUCUCAUCAUCCGUUUUUCCUGGGAAGUUCUUCUAGUGGAGCAUGUCUUCCAUUUGAGACAAGACCUGUUGGAUUCAAUACUAGCGUUGUUCCAUUCAAUAAUCCAAACAUGAUGCCUUCUGGAUAUCAUGGAUUUGGCCAAGGAUUUUUCUAA